UGUAAUUUGCCCUGAAGAACGGUAGGAAAUAAAAUCCAAGUUUUAUUUGUGCCCUGACAUAAAAAUCAAGAUGGCGACCGUGACAGCAAGCAGUGAUGAGGAGCUUCAUGAAAAGCUCAUUAGGACCGUUAAAAAAGAGGUCAAGCAAAUUAUGGAAGAGGCAGUCACAAGGAAAUUUGUACAUGAAGACAGUGGAAGUAUCAUCUCAUUAUGUGCUGCCGUGGAUGCGUGUCUUGCGCAAGGGUUGAAGCGUCGCAUCAGUGGACUGUUCAAGGGGAAUCUAACGACAGCAUCGUUACUUAAGCACCUAGCCAAGCAGCAUCCGGAGGUUUCAGAGGUUGCGCACAAAGUGCAGGAGAUUGAAAGUAGACUCGAGGAAGCAAACAAAAAACUCGGCGGCAGUAACAGCAUCAAUGGCGAGAGUCCGAACAAACCACACACCAGCAUCAGAGCCACGCUGCAGCAGCGCCACCUAUGGAUCAGGGUAGCGCUGUUUGAGAAACAGCUGUCUAAGAUCAUUGAGCUUAUCAAUCAGGAGAGCAGUAAAUAUUAUGAGAAGGAAGCAUUAAUGGCUCACCCUGCUGAUGGUCCAAUCAUUGCAUCGCUACUUGUUGGACCCUGUGCGCUAGACUACUCUAAGAUGAAGACUGCAGAUCACUAUUGGACUGAUCCCCCAGCCGAUGAGUUGGUUCAGAGACACAGAAUCCACAGCAUGAAUCCUGGCGUCGUUUCUACUACACCUGCUUCCCCUAAGAGACCUGGUUUACAGCGUUUACCUGGUCACCAGGGGUCAUCAGAUGAUCACAGAGGCACACCCCUCUCCGCCAGAGACUACGUAGAGUCUCUUCAUCAAAAUUCCAGGAGUACUCUGCUGUAUGGCAAGAACAAUGUCUUGGUGCAGCCGAAGGAGGACAUUCAGCACAUUCCAGGCUACCUGUCACUCCAUCAAACAGCCGAGCAUCUGACCAUCAAAUGGACCCCCAAUCAACUCAUGAAUGGAGGGGGCAGCUCAGAAGAUAGCGAGACUGACCCUGAGAAAAGCAUCUACUGGGACUAUGCAGUGACAGUCAAUCUGGAAGACAUCGUGUAUCUUCAUUGCCAUCAGCAACCGGACAGCGGUGGUACCCUAGUCCUAGUCGGUCAAGACGGUGUCCAGUACCCCCCUAUCCAUUUCCCUAAGGGUGGUCAUCUCCUGGCCUUCCUGACCUGUCUUGAGAAUGGCCUCCUCCCCCGCGGUCAGCUAGACCCGCCCCUCUGGUCUCAGCGGGGUAAGGGGAAGGUCCUACCCAAGCUACGCCGUAAGACCUCGCCUCUGAGUGCCAACCAGAAGGAAGGCACGCAGAUCUUUGAAGGAGAGGAGGCGACGGAUUACGUCUUCAGGAUCAUCAAGGCCUUCAAGCCUGAGUAUGUUCCCGAGGACAUGAUCGACCCAAAGCGAAGCAAAUCUGGAGGAUUCCCGUGGCUGUUACGCGACAGCGGGCCUAGGCACUCACUGAUCCGACAGCAAGAGGCUCUAGCCAGUCCUACCAACGCCACCGCAACCACAUCACGUAUCUACUCUCCCUCCUCACCAAAUACUGAAAUACCCAUCAUGACAGCAGCCACAUCAAGGUCCUCAAUCAAGCUGCUGUGUGAUACCAUGAAGAAACAGAUCAUAUCAAGAGCCUUCUAUGGAUGGCUUGCUCACUGUCGCCACCUGCGCACAGUUCGUACACACCUGUCCGGCUUGGUGGAUGCUAACAUCAUUGCCUUGGAUGCAUCGGAGGGGCUCGAUGCUGAGAAAUGGGCCAGGUUCCUGGAGGCUGGAAAGGAGGUGAAUGAAGAAGAGGUGAUGCGUCUGGUGUAUUUUGGAGGCGUGGCUCACGAGAUCAGAAAAGAGGUCUGGCCAUACAUGUUGGGCCACUACAAGUUCGGCUCCACAGAGGAAGAAAGGCGAUCCGUGGACGCCAACACGCGUAUGACGUACGAGCAAAUUGUCGCAGAGUGGAUGGCCGUGGAGGCUAUCAUUAAGCAACGCGACCGUGACACUCAGGCGGCCAAGCUCUCCUCAGAGAACAGCUCGGAGGGUCAGAUCCCUCUUCAGGGUCAUGAUCCUAGCUUGGACAGCGAGGUGUUUGAGCUGGAAGAUGAGGAUAACGAUGAGUAUAUCGAGGCUGGGGAGGUACGGUCGAUGGGAAACGGGGAGGACUUGUCACAAGAACAACGCGAGAUGAUCCGCAAGGAGGAGUACGUGGUCAUCGAAUGCCGAAGCCCACAGGAGAAAGAGGAACGCCAUCACUUGAAGCACAAACACAGCGACACGUCGGUAGACGAGGGCAUGGGGGCCAGUAUCGCUAGCUCAUCAAGCGUCAAGUCUCGGGAUAGUCUCAAGCACGCGAGCACCACGUGCAGCGAGGAAGGAGAAGUGAGAGUGGAGCUUUGCAACGGAGACGACGUCCCCCCAGCAGAGGACCAAACCACGCCCACAGAGGAGGUGAAAGAAAUCGAGGAAGACUUAGUGCCGAAGGGGAAAUGUCUGAAGAUAACGGAUACGCUGUCGGCAGAGACUAUGGCCGUGUCGCCUGCAUCGUCCAAUGGAGGAGUGUACACGACCGAGCUCUUGGACACAUUCAGCUUAAACCUGCACCGUGUCGACAAGGAUGUGCAACGAUGUGAUCGCAACUACCAUUACUUCAACGCGGCUAACCUGGAGAAACUGCGUAAUAUCAUGUGCAGUUAUGUCUGGGAGCAUCUGGAGGUUGGCUAUGUGCAGGGGAUGUGUGAUCUGGUAGCUCCCCUGCUUGUCAUCAUUGAUGACGAGGCUAAGACGUACAGCUGCUUCUGUGAAUUGAUGAAACGUAUGAGUAAGAACUUCCCCCAUGGAGGUGCUAUGGAUACACACUUUGCCAACAUGAGAUCUCUCAUACAGAUCCUGGAUUCGGAGAUAUUUGAGUUGAUGCAUCAGAACGGAGACUACACUCACUUCUACUUCUGCUAUCGGUGGUUCCUGCUGGACUUCAAGCGAGAGCUGGUCUACGACGACACCUUUGUGGUUUGGGAGACUAUCUGGGCGGCUAAGCACUGUGCUUCCAGAGACUUUGUGCUGUUCAUUGCGUUGGCCUUGGUGGAGUACUACAGGGAUAUCAUAUUGGACAACAACAUGGACUUCACGGACAUCAUCAAGUUCUUUAAUGAAAUGGCGGAGAGACAUGACGCCAAGGCGAUCCUGAAGGUUGCCAGAGACUUGGUGUACAGGGUUCAGACGCUGAUUGAGAACAAGUAAACACAACAAGGCAGAGUUUGCACCAGGUAAAUCGCUAAUCUGCUGUGAAGUUGUCAAUGAUACACAUGAAACAGUUGUAGACUCCACGCACUAGUACCACCCAAAGGGUGACACACAGAGAGAUAUAACAGACCCUUGAAUGCCAUGGAAACUGUUCACUUGGGCCCAUCAUUAGACAUAAUUCUUGGUGAAAUCUUUGAUUCCUGUCAGAAAUAAGCUUGUUUUGCAAAAGGCAACUGACAUUCCAACAUGUGUAGCUGCAAGUGAUCUGACAAAUUCUUGAAAUCUUUUGCAGGCGUAUGUGUACAUUCCUACACUUCAUGAGAAGCUUUUUCGCAAUGAUACUAUCAUCCUACCCACCUGGAUUCCCUAGCUAAACUACCUCUAUACCAUGUCUUCUCAAGUGUGCCCCUCACCCCUCACCCUACCCCAUACUGUUUUCCCUCACCCUUUCCCCUUCCCCACCCCUUGCCCUACCCCUUACCCUUUCCACCCCUACCUCUUCUGCAGUGUUGUA